CCAGCCUCGUCCACGCCGCCACCAUGAGUCAGGCCUACUCUUCCAGCCAGCGGGUGUCCUCCUACCGCCGCACCUUCGGUGGUGCCCCGAGCUUCUCGCUGGGCUCUCCGUUGAGCUCUCCCGUGUUUCCUCGAGCAGGCUUCGGCACCAAGGGCUCCUCGAGCUCAGUGACAUCCCGCGUGUACCAGGUGUCGCGCACGUCGGGCGGGGCCGGGGGUCUGGGGUCGCUGCGGGCCAGCCGGCUGGGGAGCACCCGCGCGCCAUCCUAUGGCGCGGGCGAGCUUCUGGACUUCUCGCUGGCCGACGCGGUGAACCAGGAGUUCCUGGCCACGCGCACCAACGAGAAGGUGGAGCUGCAAGAGCUCAAUGACCGCUUCGCCAACUACAUCGAGAAAGUGCGCUUCUUGGAGCAGCAGAACGCCGCGCUCGCCGCUGAGGUCAACCGGCUCAAGGGCCGCGAGCCGACCCGGGUCGCCGAGCUCUAUGAGGAGGAGAUGCGCGAGCUGCGGCGCCAGGUGGAGGUGCUCACCAACCAGCGUGCCCGUGUCGACGUGGAGCGCGACAACUUGAUCGACGACCUCCAGAGGCUCAAGGCCAAGCUACAGGAGGAAAUCCAACUGAGAGAAGAAGCAGAGAACAACCUGGCUGCCUUCCGAGCGGACGUAGAUGCAGCCACUCUGGCUCGCAUCGACCUAGAGCGCAGAAUCGAAUCGCUCAACGAGGAAAUCGCAUUCCUGAAGAAAGUGCACGAAGAGGAGAUCCGUGAGCUUCAGGCUCAGCUUCAGGAACAGCAGGUCCAGGUGGAGAUGGACAUGUCCAAGCCAGACCUCACAGCGGCCCUCAGGGACAUCCGGGCUCAGUACGAGACCAUUGCGGCUAAGAACAUCUCUGAAGCUGAGGAGUGGUACAAGUCCAAGGUUUCAGACUUGACCCAGGCAGCCAAUAAGAACAAUGAUGCCCUGCGCCAGGCCAAGCAGGAGAUGAUGGAGUACCGACACCAGAUCCAGUCCUACACCUGCGAGAUUGAUGCCCUCAAGGGCACCAAUGACUCCCUGAUGAGGCAGAUGAGAGAGCUGGAGGAUCGCUUUGCCAGCGAGGCCAGUGGCUAUCAGGAUAACAUUGCACGCCUGGAGGAGGAGAUCCGGCACCUGAAGGAUGAGAUGGCCCGCCACCUGCGGGAGUACCAAGACCUGCUCAAUGUGAAGAUGGCCUUGGAUGUGGAGAUUGCCACCUACCGCAAGCUGCUGGAGGGCGAGGAGAGCCGGAUCAACCUUCCCAUCCAGACCUUCUCUGCUCUCAACUUCCGAGAAACCAGCCCUGAACAAAGGGGUUCUGAAGUCCACACCAAAAAGACGGUGAUGAUCAAGACCAUCGAGACCCGGGAUGGAGAGGUCGUCAGCGAGGCCACACAGCAACAACACGAGGUGCUCUAAGCCAGACACUGUCCUGGUCCCCGUGGUCACUGCCUCCUGAAGCCAGCCUCUU